GCAGAUGAAAUUAACAGACUACCGAUAUAUAGACAAAAGAAGUUGAUCAAAAAAGAAAUUAGAGAUAACGAUUCUUUGGUCCUUGUCGGCGAAACCGGAAGUGGAAAAACGACGCAAGUCCCCAAGUUCGUCUUCCAAGCAAACAUCAACAGGUACAAGUGCAUAGCUGUCACUCAGCCUCGUCGUGUGGCAGCCGUAUCUUUAGCUAAGAGAGUGGCCGUCGAGUUGGGAUCUGAAUUAGGUCAUACGGUAGGCUAUAUUGUGAGAUUCGAUAGCAAUACGUCAACAAAUACGAGGAUAAUAUUCAUGACAGAUGGCAUGCUGCUCAGAGAGGCCCUGCUAGAUCCUCUGUUG